GCCAGGGGCGCAGCCAUGGAGACCAAGGCGGCGGCGGCGGCGGCGGCCGAGGGCUGCCCGAGCGACCUGAAGCUGGUGGCACACCCGCGCGCCAAGAGCAAAGUCUGGAAGUACUUCGGCUUCGACACCAACGCCGACGGCUGCAUCUUGCAGUGGAAGAAGAUUUACUGCCGCAUCUGCAUGGCGCAGAUCGCCUACUCGGGGAACACGUCCAACCUCUCCUACCACCUGGAGAAGAACCACCCCGAGGAGUUCUGCGAGUUCGUCAAGAGCAACACGGAGCAGAUGCGCGAGGCCUUCGCCUCGGCCUUCUCCAAGCUCAAGCCCGACGCCGCCGCCGCCGCCUCCCAGCAGGGCGCGUCGGAAGCUGCGUGCGCCCCUGCGGCGUCGGCCUCCUCCUCCUCCUCCUCCUCCUCCUCUUCCUCCGCCUCCUCCUCCUCCUCCGCCGCCUCCUUUUCCUCCUCCUCCUCCUCCUCCUCCGUGGUGGCCCCGUGCGCCCUCGCCGCUGCUUCCUCGUCCGCCUCGUCCUCCUCCUCCGGAGGUAGCAGCGGCGUUGGCGGCGGCGCCAAGGCGGGCCUGGACAGCAAGCGCCAGCAGGAACUGACCGCCGCCGUGCUGGGCCUCAUCUGCGAGGGCCUCUACCCGCCGUCCAUCGUGGACGAGGCCACGUUCCAGGCGCUGCUGCGGACGGCCGAGCCGCGCUACGAGCUGCCCAGCCGCAAGUUCUUCUGCAGCCGCGCCCUGCCCGAGCAGUACGCGGCCGUGCGCGCGCGGGUGCUCCAGGAGCUGGCGGCCGCGCCCUGGUGCGCCCUCACCGCCGACAUGUGGGCCAGCGCCAGCCAGAACCGCACCUACGUCACCUUGGCGGCGCAUUUCCUGCGCGCCGGCCGGGGCACCCCGCCGGGGGCCGCCCCGUCGGCGCUCACGCCGGGCGCCCGCUGCCUGAAGACCUUCGAGGUGCCCGAGGAGAACGCGGCGGAGACGGUGACGCGCGUGCUCUACGAGGCCUUCAUCGAGUGGGGCAUCGGCUCCAAGGUCUUCGGGGCCACCACCGACGGCCGCAAGGACCUGGUGAAGGCGUGCGCGCUGCUGGACAUCGGCGUCCACAUGCCGUGCCUGGGCCAGGCCUUCGAGGCGGGCAUCCAGCAGGCCUUCCGCCUGCCGCAGGUCGCGGGGCUCCUGGCGCGCUGCCGCAAGCUGGUGGAGUACUUCCAGCAGUCCUCCGUGGCCACCUACCUGCUGUACGAGAAGCAGAAGCAGCAGCAGCAGCCGGCCCCUCGCAUGCUGGCCAGCAACCGCGUGGCCGGCUGGGCCAGCACCCUGGCCAUGCUGCAGCGGCUGCGCGAGCAGCAGUUCGCCGUGGCCGCCGUCCUCCUGGAAGACACCAACAGCCACCACCUGAUGCUGGAGGCGGCCGAGUGGGCCACCAUCGACGCGCUGGUGGACCUGCUGCGGCCCUUCGAGCAGGUGGCCGAGCUGCUGUCCGCCUCCCGCUACCCCACCAUCAGCAUGGUCAAACCCCUGCUGCACAUGCUGCUGAACACCACGCUGACCCUCAAGGAGACGGACGCCAAGGAGAUCAGCAUGGCCAAGGAGGUCAUCGCCAAGGAGCUGUCCGCCACCUACCAGGAGACGCCGGAGAUCGACAUGUUCCUCAACGUGGCCACCUUCCUGGACCCGCGCUACAAGCGCCUGCCCUUCCUGUCGGCCUUCGAGCGGCAGCAGGUGGAGAACCGGGUGGUGGAGGAGGCCAAGGCGCUCCUGGACCAGCUCAAGGACGCGCCCUUCGCGGGAGACAAGACCUACCCGGCGGCGCCCGACGAGGCGCCCUCGCCCGCCAAGAAGUGCGCGCUGGGCAGCGGCGGCGGCGGCCCCGGGCCCGGGAGCGUCAUCAACAACAUGCUGGCCGAGAUCUUCUGCCCCACGGGCGGCGUGGAGGACGAGGAGGAGUGCCACGCGCAGGUUCUGGAGGAACUCAGCAACUUCAAGUCGCAGAAGGUGCUGGCGCUGGGCGAGGACCCUCUCAAGUGGUGGUGUGACCGCCUGGCGCUGUUCCCGCUGCUGCCCAAGGUCCUGCAGAAGUACUGGUGCGUGGCGGCCACGCGCGUCCCCCCGCGCCGCCUCUUCGGCUCCGCGGCCACCGUGCUGGGCGCCAAGCGCAACCGCCUGGCGCCGGCCCACGUCCACCAGCAGGUCUUCCUGUACGAGAACGCGCGCGCGCCCGACGCCGAGCCCGAGGCCGAGGACGAGGGCGAGUGGGGGCUGGACCCCGAGCAGGGCUUGGCCCUGGGCGACCCCGCGCACGGGAGCUUCUUGGGCCUCCGCGAGGCUGGGGCUGGGGGAAUCGGCGGCGGGGGCGCCUUUCUUUGACCCUCCCGCGGGAUGCAAGAGUGGACCCUGCGCAGCGCCCAGGAGGCACGCGUGGACGGGGACGGCUCAGGCCACCCGGGCGCCCUGUCCAGGCGCUGGGAUGGCCCGAGCCAGGCCGCCACGCGGACGGCAAGCUUCAUUGCACACAUGUAGUGCGCCCGCGUGUGCGCACGUGGGUGCCCGGACUGGCCCCUCGGGCGCGCCACCACCAAGGCAGCCGGCCUUGGGCGCCCUUGGGCGCGCACAGAGGCACCGCGAGGCUGCGCCACGGAGGCCAGGGCGGCCACGGAUAUUCAGAUGCUGCUGCAGGCGCGCGGCGGUGUGGAAGGCUCCGAGGACGCGCAGGGAGAGACUUGAGGGCCGGGAGGAGCCCUGCGGGGCGACCUGAACAUUUGAAAAAUUGCACCCGAGAAAGAGAGAGAGAGAGAGAGAGAGAGAGAGAGAGAGAGAGAGAGAGAAAGAGAGAGAGAGAGAGAGGGGCAUUCAGGCUUUGGAGCCCCUGUGUCAAGUUGGAGGGCGCUGGAGAGGUGUGAGCCAAAGGGCCCGAACGUUUUGUUGCGUCUGGUCGGAGCCCUGGAGAGUGGCCCAUCCCCCUGCCCCCAACAAAGGCGGCACACAGCCCCUUCCCCUAGCCAGAACAGAACAAAAACCCAACCCGCAAGGGCACGUGCAAACGGCGCAUUUGGAAUUCCCGUGCCCGGCCCUCUCAGAUCUGGGAGCCCCUCGCUCUGGGAACCUCUCACAACCCCCCUCUGCAAGAUUGAAAUCUCUCCGCGCCCCCUCUGCCCGAGUGAGUGUGCCGUGAGAGGUGGCCCCGGGUCUGGGGGCGCAGACACGUUAAGGCACGGUCCUACCCCGCCCCCCGCCCCCCAAACUCACCCCUCUGCGCUCUGGACACCUCUGUCCACGGAGUCGGGACUCUCCAGGGUCCUCCUUGGAAAGGAGCAUCCGCUAGGGGCCCCCAAGCACUGCCAGGAGCGAUUCCCGAGUGCGUGAGCCGGGAGGAACCCCUGAGCAUCGCCGGGUGGGACCCAAGAAGCAGAAAAAAAAUUGUUUAAACUAAAACGGAAAUGUUAAUUUUUGAUAGUUGGGGUGGUCCUGGGGCCAGGUGGGAAAUGUGCUCUGUGUGUGUGUGUGUGUGUCUGAGAGAGAGAGUGCUCACGGUUGCAUGAGUGUGUGUAUGCAUAACAGCGUUUGUGUGAAAAAGUGUGUGUGUGUGUGUGUGAGAGAGAAAGUGCAUGCCCGAGAGUGUGUGAGAAAAAGUGUGUCCCUAUGUGCCGGAGUGUGUGUGCACAAGAGUGUUUGUGUACACGAACAGAGUGUGUAUAAGAGAGAAAGUAUGCACGCAACUGAGUGAGUGUGUGAGAGAAAAAGUGUGUCCAGAUGUGCCGGAGUGUGUGUGUGUGUUUGAGAGUGUGUGUGCAUGAAGAGAGUGUGUGUGUGUCUGAGAAACGUGUGUGUCAGAGUGCGUGGAACAGUGUGUGUGUGCGUGAGAGUGUGGAUGCUUGUGCGUGAGCGUGUGUGGGAGUGCGUGUGAGACUGUGUGUCUGAGCGUGCUCGUGAGCCAGUGUGUGUGCGGGUGCGUGUGUGUGUGGGGGUGUGCAUGCGUCUGAGAAAUGUGUCUAUGAGAGUGUGCAUAUGCGCGUGAGUGUGUGUGCGUGACCAUGUGUGUGUGUGAGUGAGAGAAAGUGCUUGAGGCGACGUGAUUGUGUGUAUGCACGACAGAGUUUUGUGUGUGUGAACAAGCGUGUACGUGAGAGUGUGUAUUAGAGAGUGUGCAUGUAAGAGAAAAAGUGUGCACGCAGCAGAGUGAGUGUGUGAGAGAGAAAAAGUGUGUCCAUGUGUGCUGGUGUGUGUGUGUGCGCACACAAGAGAGGUGUUUGUGUGCCUGAUGAGAGUGUGUGUACAUGAGAAAUGGGUAUGUGUGUGAGAGUGCGUGGGACAGUGUGUGUGUGUGUGCAUGAGAGCGUCUGUGUAUAUGUGUGUGCUUGCGUGUGUGAGAGUGCGUGUGAGAACUGUGUGUCGUGAGCGUGUUCCUGAACCAGUGCGUGUGGAGAGCACGUUUGUGUGGGUGUGCACUGGUCUGAGAGUGUGUGUGGGAGCUUGUAUGAGAGUGUGCAUGAGAGUGUAUACACGCGAGAGUGCGUUUGUGUGCGUGAGCGUGUCUGUAUGUGUGAGCGUGUCUGUAUGCAUGAGCGUGUGCGUGUGAGAAUGUGUGUGCGUGCGAGAUUGUGUGUCUGUGUCCAUGAGAGAGCGUGUGUGCAUUGCUUGAGAUGUUCGACUCCCGUGAGCGCCAAAGCUAGCUCCAGCCGCCGUGCAGUGCGCCCCACUCUCAAAUGCGAACCCCCUUGUCCGCUUUCUGGCCACGUGCCCCGACCCGCCCGCAGACCCCCCGAGACCCCCACCCGCAGCUGCGACUGACUUGUCAUUUUCCCCUCGUCGUCUUUCGAACCCUGCGUCCUCCCCUUAUUUAACACUGUUCAA